UGGUUUAUGGAAGAUGGUGCAAUUGAAAAUUGGAAAUAAAGAAAGAAAUUUUUUAACGGCAGUAAUCUGAAAAUUCAGCCUUCCCAAAUGGCCUCUCGUUAUAGCAUAACAGCCGGCAGCAGCAGCUUCACCUCUCUAUCGAACUUUUCAUCCAAGUCCAAAGUUUUGCAACUAUUUUCUUUAGCUUUAGGAACACUUAACAGGCCAAGAAACAAAAUUUCUUUCUCAGUUUCUGCUAUGGGCUCUUCAGCUUCUUCUCAAAAGCCAGACACCACUCAAGAGACAGACAACAUAAAUUACAGUUCUAUAAGUGAUGAGGAAUGGAGGAAGCAGCUUACUGACGAACAAUUUUAUAUUGCUCGGAAAAAGGGUACUGAGAGGGCUUUCAAUGGAGAAUACUGGAACACCAAAACCCCUGGAACGUACCACUGCAUUUGCUGCGACGCUCCUUUAUUUGAAUCAACCACUAAAUUUGAUAGUGGAACUGGGUGGCCUUCUUAUUACCAGCCAAUAGGAAACAAUGUGAAAUCGAAACUAGACCUGUCUAUCAUAAUCAUGCCUCGUCAAGAAGUUCUAUGCUCAGUUUGUGAUGCUCAUCUUGGUCAUGUAUUUGAUGAUGGCCCACCGCCUACAGGCAAGCGCUAUUGUAUCAACAGUGCUUCUCUUAAGUUGAAACCAAAGUAAACUGCUUCCACAGCAUAGCAAAUGAGAAGGAUGUGAUUAUAUGAUGUAUGUAGAAAAAAUAUACAUAUUGUAUUUGCAUAUCGAAUAAGGGUAUAAAUAAAUCGAUGGAAAUACUUUUACGUUGUGUUCAGAGAUAUGUUCUCUAAAUUCCAAGUUGUAGUUUGCUACUGAAGUACAUUCGUUUUAAUAUCCAUCGCGUUAUUUUUGUUUCAUCA